AUGUAUUUUCACACAAUUUGCAUAUUAAGCUUAAUGGCUAUGGUGUUAGCCGCGGACCAACCGAUCGCCAUCGUCAGACAGAACCAAGACAUCAGCCCGGAUGGUAGUUUUCACUCGAAAUGGGAAAGCGCUAAUGGCAUCAUUUUCGAGGAGGAGGGUGUCCUGAAGAAUCGCGGGCAGAAAGAUGCGGAAGCCGAGGAAGUUCGUGGAUCAGCCUCGUGGACGGCUCCAGAUGGAACAAGGAUCAACAUUGACUGGUUGGCCAACGAAAAUGGCGCCACUUUUCAAGGGGCGCAUCUGCCAACUCCACCAUCCACGCAACCGGUGCCAGUCCUCAUUCAACGCGCUCUUGACUGGAUAGCUGCUAAUCCAGAAAAGAAUAGAUUGUAG